UUCUAACAGUUAUAUAUAUAUAAUGCAGUGCCUAUUGCUCUACCGAAAUAAUGCUAGUGGACAUCGGUUUGGAUUUACUCCCUUAUGAUGGCAUCAAGAAUUCUAGUUUGUCUCCUACUUGCUGUUGCCAUUGCCAUGGUAGACUGCAAUACUGAAGUUGAUGUCCUUUACUCCUGGAAAAAGGUACUGGUCGACCCAUACGAUGUUCUCCUUAGCUGGGAUCCAAGUCUUGUUAACCCAUGCACUUGGUAUCAUGUCACCUGCAACGUGGAAAACAGUGUAACAAGGCUGGACCUUGGCACUGCUGGAUUAUCAGGACCUCUUGUUCCUCAGCUUGGACAACUGGUCAAUCUUCAGUAUUUAGAGCUAUCCGGUAAUAGUAUCAGCGGUUCCAUUCCAUCAGCCAUUGGCAAUUUAACAAACCUAGUGAGCUUGAGUUUAGACCGAAAUCACUUGUCUGGGUUCAUUCCAGAUUCUCUUGGAAACUUGCGGUCUUUGCGGUUUAUGAGGUUGAACAGCAACAAGAUAAGUGGCGAUAUACCAAUAGAGGUUAUUAGCCUUGUUGCCACAGGAAAAUUGAUGAUAUUGAAUGUAUCGGAUAAUAUGUUGAGUGGGACUGUUCGCGCUUAUAAUCCAAAAGAAUUUGCCAUUGCGACUAUUAUACAAGAUCCUAAAGCUCCUACAAAGUGAACUCGCUGGAGAUAGAAGAAGUGCAUUUACCAUAAUGCUACAAAAUAAAAGUGGACUUUUCUUGUAUUCCAUAUUUCCUAUGACAAUAAACCUACCCAUGUGCUUUCUACAUAUGUAGCAUAAGCAUUAAGAGUUAGUCUUCUCGUGGAAUAAGAGGCAUUAGAAGCAAAUA